AUGUCGUUUAUGUCCUUGAGCGCCAAAGACCGCUUGCGCCGAACCCAAUCCGCCCGUUCCAUGCGUCGUCCGCGCCAGACUUCCUUUCCCUCCGAACCAUUUGACCCAGUUCUUGCCAGAAAGCAAGCCACUGCAGCUGCCUCUCGUGCCAUGCUUCGUUCCUCGGAUAGAUCUUCCAUCGAGUCGAAGCACUCAUACGACCGCCUAGGUGGCCUUGAAAGUAUGGCAGUGCCUUCGCGAAGACCACCUCCCCCUCCAAGCCGUUCGCAAGCCCCCAGCGAUGCGCCCUCAACCGCAAACGCCUCGCCCUCUCGGCAAUCUGUGGCAAGUUACAUAGAGAGUCAAGACGACGAACUCCUUUUCUCCGCAGCUCUGCCACCCAUCAAUGAGUUUCGGGGCCUGGAUGGUCGUGACUCUUCAUUGCCCUCAUCCUAUCGUCGGCUUCGCAAGGCACGAUCGAUGUUUUCGACCAGGCAGCGCUCCUCGCAUGUCUCGCACGACAUUCAGAACAUGUACUCUCGUAACAUCAAUGACAGAGAUUCGUUCGAAUCCCCGAGAUCGUACCGGACACUGAGACGCUCAAUUUCCUUCUUAAGAAGCGGCCAGUCUUGGAGAACAGUCCAUCGUGCCCAGAAUCAAGACGCCGCUAUUCAGCUCGCCCGCAGUCAAUUUCAGGAGGACAUGGCCAAUAACACAAACCAGCCGAGACGAUCAUCGCUUACCAUGCUAAAGCCAAGGCGUGAGUAUAAGCCGUUUAGAAAGACAUUCCGUACUCCCAGCGGAGCAGGUAUAGAGAGCGACGCUUCACCAUCGAACAACGAGUCUAGGCAACUCCGUUCCCGUGAAAAGGCACGAUCCAUUUCCUCCUCCAUCAAGCGAGGCAUCAAGCGAGUCUUGGGCCUGUCGAAGCCUCCCAGCGACCAAAAGCAGAUGGAAGAAUCAGUCCUUCCGCUUCAACAGCACGAUGAUCUGCCCCUGCCAGCACCCAUGGAUAGUUCCAAUUACCCCGAGGACAUCAACUAUCCUGAUGCGGCCAUUGACCGUGAUAGGCCACACACUGUGCAUAGCGUACGCAGCAAUGAGAGCCUCGCGACCUCUCGCUCCCGCGUGACCAGCUGGGCUGACUCCACAGUUGCAAAUACGAUCGCAACACGGAAAGCACCCGAGCGGAACAAUCUGUCUAUCAUUGAAGAGCAGGCCGCUUUGUACAACCGCUCCUCCAGUCCCGACCCGUCUGCAAGACUGAGCCCGGUGCGGCCUGACGGCUCUAUCGACAGUAAGCGUCUUUAUUCUGCGCUGUUGAGGCGGAUUGGCAGAGACAAUAUACCAAGUCCUGAAAGCGAGGUCACAUUGGGUCAGGUCAAAGAACAUCGCCUCAUUCCAGCCCAGAUGUCUUCGCUUCGUCCGAGGCGCAGUAGGCAAACCGUUCGUUCAGUGCCUAGUGAUGAAUCUAUCGCAACGUUCAAGACGUUCGCAACUGCAAAUGCAGGCUCUUUGACUCCUCAAAAGCAAACCUAUCGCUAUUCCCAGUCCCCGAUAUUCCUUAACAAGCUCUCGACGAUCCACGACCCAGCAGGCAGAGCCCCGAACAAUAGCCCGGUGGGGACCACCGCGGGAUAUGCUCCCACAAUGGUGACAGACGCUGAUGAGGACAGCAAAAGUGUGAUUUUCACUCAGCAUCCCGAUCCGGAGCCACUGUCCAACUCUCCCAGCAUCUACUCCCGGACAACCAGUGGCAAUUCCCCAGAUAAGAAGGACCAAGCCGUUGAUCUGUACACGUCCGAAACAGAGGACGAGCCAGGGACCGUCACAAUCUAUGAAUCUCAGCGAACCAUAUACAGCUCACCGAAGCGCAUCUCUCGUUACGUCUCUACAGGGCAUCGUGUGCGGCCCAGUGCUGAAUGGAAGCAGUGGAUGUCUUCCCAAAUGGCGGGACUCGAGACUUCGGUGUCGACAAGAGAUCACUAUAGAGAACAUGCUCAGAUCCAUAGCGAGGAAGGAGACUUCGUAUCGUCUCCGCCCUCCCAAGGCUUCCAAGGCGAUGGCUUAUCAUGCAGUGCGGGAACCAUGCAUACACCACACCUUGAAAGGGACGCUGGAGUAGAGGCCAAAGUCGCACCAAGUAGCAAUUUCUCGCGGCCAUUCAGUUGCUCUUCAAGUAUACCUACAAUUGCUCCUUCAAGAAAGGAGGCGGUUAGAGACCAUGCUAACAACACUACUGUCUGGCCGUCCUCGGGCUCCGUUUUCACUUCUCCCAGCGCCAAUAACCACCCUCACGAAUACGUCUUGUCACCGAUACAGACCAGGUCAAGCAACAGACUGCCAGUUCCUGAAUCUCCCACCCCAAAGCGAGGUGCGUUCCUUUCGCAAGAAAGGAAAUUAGCGAGUGAGCGUUAUCGGCGAUAUUCAACUCGGCGACUUACAGCUUCUUCAGAUGCGAGAUCUCCUCAAGUUGGACUGAUCAACAGACCUACGAACGAAAAUUCGAGGACUGGCGAUCUACUGAAUAAGGCGGGGACAUAUGGACAGUCUCAGGGUAUAAAUUUGCCCAUGUCAAGUCAGCGUAUGGUGGAAGUGUUUCUCAACAGUCGACGUCAUCAGCCAGGGGCAGAGAAGUCCGACGACGGGACCCCGGAGGGAGCCUUUAUAUAA